AUGGGAGUGGAUUAUUGUGGACCAUUUUAUCAUAAGGCAGAGGUCCGCAACAAGGCGCCUCACAAGUGCUACAUCGCCGUCUUCUCUACGAAGGCCACGCAUUUGGAAGUCGUCCAGGAUCUCACAACGGAUUCUUUCAUCGCAGCGUUGAGAAGAUUCACCAGCCUGAGAGGCACUCCGCGCACUAUUUGGAGUGACAAUGCGACGAAUUUUGUCGGCGCUAAGAGCGAGCUAACCGAGCUGAAGGAUCUAUUUUUGAGCGAACCCCACACGGCUGCGAUAGCUUUCUCCUGCUUAGCUGAUGGGAUUGAUUGGAAGUUCAUACCUCCGCGUGCCCCACAUUUCGGUGGUUUAUGGGAGGCGGCUGUUAAAUCGUCCAAAUUUCACUUUUAUAGACUCAUCGGUGCUUCCAUCUUGGGCCUCGAUGAAUUGAGAACUCUCGCUUAUGAGAUUUCUGCCAUCCUUAACUCCCGUCCACUCUGUCCAAUUUCAGAAAACGCUGAAAGUCUUGAGGUGCUAACGCCGGCCCAUUUCCUGAAAGGCUCCAGCUACACAAGGUUUCCUGAGCCUGAUAUCACGCAUCUCCGAGAAGGCCCCCUCAGCAGAUGGGAAAGGGUGACACAAAUUCUGGAAGCGGUGGAGCAGCGAGUAUUUAUCCUUGAUGCAAGAAAGGACUAA